AAUAUAAGAGCGAAGAAGACGUAGAAACAGAAGAAGAAGUUUGAAGCAUCGCACCGUGUGUGGUGUUUUAACUUCCAGGAGAAAAUAUUAAUGGUUAUUCCAUAAUAUCAGAGGUGACCGAGAAAGAAACGGAAGUGCUUCACGUUCAACCACCAUGAAGCUCAACAUCGAGGGUCUGUUGGUGUAUUUUCCUUAUGACUACAUCUAUCCUGAGCAGUACUCCUACAUGCUGGAGCUGAAGAGGACCCUGGAUGCCAAGGGACAUGGAGUAUUGGAGAUGCCAUCAGGAACAGGGAAGACCAUCUCUCUGCUGUCUCUCAUUGUUGCCUAUCAAAGAGCAUUUCCUUUAGAAGUGACCAAGUUAAUAUACUGCUCUAGGACAGUUCCUGAGAUUGAAAAGGUUGUGGAGGAGCUAAGGAAGCUGAUGGAGUUUUAUUCAAAGGAAACUGGAGAGACCAACAACUUCUUGGCUCUGGCUCUUUCAUCUAGAAAAAACCUCUGCAUCCAUCCAGAGGUGAGCUCUCUGCGCUUUGGUAAAGAGGUUGAUGGUAAAUGCCACAGUCUGACGGCAUCAUACAUACGUGCACAACGCCACAGCAACCCCAGCCAGCCCGUGUGUCGCUUCUAUGAGGAGUUUGAUGCAGUCGGUCGUCAGGUGCCUCUACCCGCUGGCAUCUACAACCUCGAUGAUCUGAAAGACUUUGGCAGGAGGAAAGGCUGGUGUCCGUAUUACCUGGCUCGCUACUCAAUCCUACAUGCCAACAUCGUGGUGUACAGCUACCACUACCUGCUGGACCCAAAGAUAGCGGACCUGGUGUCCAAGGAGCUAGCUAAGAAAUCUGUAGUAGUGUUUGAUGAGGCUCAUAAUAUAGACAACGUGUGCAUUGACUCCAUGAGCGUGAACAUCACCAGACGAACGCUGGACCGCUGCCAUAACAACGUGGACACACUACAGAACACCAUACACAAUAUAAAGGAGACAGACGCUGCUAAGCUGAGAGAGGAGUACAGGAGGCUGGUGGAGGGGCUGAAGGAAGCUAACGUAGCCAGAGAAACAGACGUCUACCUUUCAAACCCAGUGUUACCGGAUGAAAUUCUUCAAGAGGCUGUCCCUGGUACUAUACGUACAGCAGAGCAUUUUGUAGGUUUCUUGAGGCGCUUCCUGGAGUACCUCAAGUCCCGUCUGAGGGUCCAGCAUGUCGUGCAGGAAAGUGCUCCACAAUUCCUCAAAGACAUCUUUGACAAAGUCUGCAUCGACCGUAAACCUCUCAGGUUUUGUGCUGAGCGACUGCAGUCGUUACUUCGAACUCUGGAGAUUGCAGACAUUGCAGACUUCUCAGCUGUUACGCUGAUCUCAAACUUUGCUACUUUGGUCAGCACCUAUAGCCAAGGUUUUACCAUAAUCAUUGAGCCUUUUGAAGACAGGACACCGACUAUCGCCAACCCUGUGCUGCACUUUAGCUGCAUGGACCCGUCUAUAGCCAUUAAACCUGUUUUCCAAAGAUUCCAGUCAGUCGUCAUCACCUCAGGGACGUUGUCUCCAUUGGACAUUUAUCCCAGAAUCCUCGACUUCCGCCCCGUUACCAUGGCGUCCUUCACCAUGACGCUGGCACGGACCUGCCUUUGUCCUCUGAUUGUUGGCAGAGGAAACGAUCAGGUGGCACUGAGCUCAAAGUUUGAGACCAGAGAAGACUUUGCUGUGAUUCGUAACUAUGGCAACCUUCUCCUGGAGAUGUCUGCCAUUGUCCCUGAUGGCAUUGUGGCUUUUUUCACCAGCUAUGUCUACAUGGAGAACAUAGUGGCAUCCUGGUAUGAACAGGGCAUCUUGGAGAACAUCCAGAGAAACAAGCUGAUCUUCAUUGAGACUCAGGAUGCUGCAGAGACAAGCAUGGCUCUGGAGAAAUACCAGGAGGCGUGUGAGAACGGUAGAGGAGCCAUCCUCCUUUCUGUGGCCAGAGGAAAAGUGUCUGAAGGGAUAGAUUUUGUUCACCACUUUGGCCGAGCCGUCGUCAUGUUCGGCGUUCCUUAUGUUUACACCCAGAGCCGCAUCCUGAAGGCUCGUCUGGAGUACCUGCGAGAUCAGUUCCAGAUCAGAGAGAAUGACUUCCUGACGUUUGAUGCCAUGCGUCAUGCGGCCCAGUGUGUGGGCAGAGCCAUCAGAGGCAAGACUGACUACGGACUCAUGAUCUUCGCUGACAAGCGUUACGCCCGAGCAGAUAAACGUGGGAAGCUUCCUCGUUGGAUUCAGGAGCACAUCAGUGACGGCAGUCUGAACCUCACGGUGGACGAGGCCAUCCAGCUCUCCAAGCAUUUCCUGCGACAGAUGGCUCAGCCUUUCAGACAGGAGGACCAGUUGGGCCUGUCUCUGUUGACACUUGAGCAGCUGGAAUCAGAGGAGGUGCUGCAGAAAAUAACUCAGAUUGCUCAUCAGACUUGAAGGUGACGCAUAUGACUUAAUGUCAUCACCACAGCAACAAUAAGCAAUAUUCUGUACAAGUAUAAUUCAUUUCCAUUAGUGGACAGAUAAAUCUGACAAAGCUGUAAAAUGAACAGUUUUCAUGCUUUUUCUGAACUACUGAGAGGUAACUCAUCACUAUUCAGGUCAACUGAUCUGUAAAAACUUGUUUCUAUGUUGUUCUGUGUCACAGAUGUGUUAAGUUAUUAAUUCUGUGUGCGGAACCUACCGAACGUACCGUCUGUUAUACAGACGAUUUCUUUUCUUUGAUACAACUGUACAUAUUCACGUUUUACAUUGAACAUGAGCAUCUGUAAACUUUUCAGGAUGUUUGAUUAUAAACGUUUGUAUUUAACAGCUGACUUUCUUCUGUUUUUUCUUACGGGAGUUUUAAUUAAAAUGUUUAAAUAGAUGAGAAAAUAUGUCCAUGCAAUAAAAAUACCAAAACUGUA